CGGUGAAGAACAGUGGCGAGGCGUGGCUCGUAAACGCAACCUACAACGCGAUCGUACGCGCCGCAUCGAGAAAGGGAGCAGGAAGCGCGCACUGCCAAGACGACUGCGCGAUGCUGACUUUCUAUCAAGACCAGCGCAGCGAGCUACUGGGGAGAGGGAAAAGUCGUGGUGACCCUGCCUUCCGGAACUGCGUGCACAGUGUUGACUCCUUCCAAGGGAGCGAGGCCAGCAUCGUUCUCCUAUCCUUUGUGCGUAGCACUGACGGCCGCACUUUUCUGGACGAGCCGACACGAUUGAAUGUCGCGCUGACGCGUGCGAAGGAGCUGCUCGUCGUCUUCGCAAAUGUUCAGGCUCUUUUGGGCUGUGGAGGCGGAGACGGUGAAGUCAAGCAAGUCCUCCUUGACGCAGGAAGCCGCGGCCUGAUUGUUGACGAGGCCACGUGGCUGCAUCUAAUAGGGGAGUACGGUCAGGCGCAGCGUAUUGCUUGGCCUGCUGCAUCAGCGAAUCAUAGGACUACGAGCAACUUGCAAUCGUGGCAGUCUUCUUCGGGACGAGAGAUCUCCAACGACACAAGAUCUCGUGACCACUACAGCACCAGAGGUUCGGAUUCCAUCCUCGGCGUCAACUCCUCGAACUAUGACGGCGGGUCUCAAGUCGCGGUGUCCAGAAAGUCGGGCCCUUUGUACUGUGGGACCCGAGCAGCGGCACCAACGCCAGGGGCCCAGAGCAGAAUACCGAAUGUGUCUUCCUGGACAGCGCUGUCCCAAAAUCAGAGUUCUGUUUGGAAAGACGAUGGCCUGAACAGUGCAGCCCCGUUUGCAGUUUUGUCGAACCAGCACAGCCGAAUCCGAAACAGCGGCUCGACCAGUGGUGACGCAGUGAUGAGGACUCGAACUCACUUCAAAUCUGAAGAUACUUUGGCUUCGAAGGCUGCGGGUGUGCCUCCUGCAUCGUCGUCCAGCUCUUCUGGUACAGGCGUGCCUCCGACUUCCUCAUCGAGCGCGAACAGCUCUACCCCUACCGUUGAUGGUCUGCACGAAGGUUGUGACACGAACGUAGCAGACGGGCAAACCCGUGCAUUCUCAUGGAUGUUUUCGACAUCUACCACCACAAUUUUGCGGCCUAGGCAGCCUGCGGCGAACUUUUACGAAGGUGUGGGAACAACUGGUGAAACCACGCGUGUGGUUGUCGAUCCUCCCAGUCGAAAUACACAACGGCAGCAGGGUAUAGUCCUCAUCAAGCCUCGACCAAAAGACCGGACGCGUCCUCCUCCGAUGCCUCAGGAAGAACCGGUGCGCGCGAUAGGGGGCCACAGGAACGCUUCUAUGCUACGACCGGAAAGAGAGCCAGAGCGCUGGCGUGGACGCGAGCAACCUGCAGCAAGGGAUGACAGGAGUCAGCUGCACCGAGGACGGGAAGCGCAUGAGCCUUCCAACAGAAGCACGUCAUCGUACGCGACUACCAGCAACAGCGACCGGCUCAAUCAAUCGACGGCUCAGCUUAGAGCGCACCCAAGACACGGCACGAGAGAGCGCAGCAGACCACGGCUUGUGAGGCGGUCCGAAGUGAGAUCCCGGGACGAGGAUCGUCGACGAGGUGAGAACAAAGGCCACAAUUCGCGUCGCAACGAUUCGCGCGAUCGCAACGGGCGUAGACAUCGACGAUAGAUAAUUCGUCUGCGCGUCCUCCUUGUUCAAUUCUUUUAUCAACGACAUGGUUCUACUCGCUUACAUGAUAGAUCACCAUCUUCACAUUGUUUGAAUUUGAUUCAUAAUAGUAUGAAGAAAUACAUGGUUAAUCCAUAACUUCUGUGCGAUAUUGUCUCCACGCCAGCGCUCUGGCUCUCUUGAAAAAAAAAAAUAUUGUUUCUUAGGUGGUAACUGCGACAGGGACACACACAUGAAAUGGUUUCAGUUUCAGAUUGAUUCAAGUCAGCUAGAGCGAUAUGGCAAUCAUGUUAGCUAACAUCAACGAAAACGAUUCGUCAUCUUCUAGAGCAAAUUAUUCAUAAUUUAUUAUAACAAGUACUACGAUUAUCAAGAGGACAGUGACCGAUGUAAAGCUAGGGUAUUAUUCUUGAUCAGCAAAUCACAUCACACGUAAUGAUUCUAGGAACAAAUUUCCUCAGCAUGGAUGUAUCAGAUUGUGUUACAGAGAAUCCCUGGACAGAUUUGAUUUAUCGGAUAUCUUCAUGUUUGUGCCUAUCUGUUCGUCUUUGUAAAAUCGUUCUGCUUCAUCUUGUCCAUAUCCUGACCGCUUAUAGGUGCUAAUCUCGACAAACCCCGUCCGCCACAAGCAAAAACCGAAUCGAGUACAUUCCUUCGACUUUCAACGUACAGGAGAGCUGAAAACAAGUAAAUGUGAAAGUGUACCCCUUCCCCAUGUUGAUCAGUCAUGUGACUUUUCAACACUGUAAAUCAACAAGAUCCAUCAUUUCCUUUCACAUCAAGAAUGAAAAUAAUAUUAUGUAUGAUGUACUUCAAGUGCACAAGCAUCUUCUGACGGUUGGC